CAGAGUCAAACAUGAAGAUACUGAGGAACAAACAGACUUAACGGUGCUGAAAGAGGAGAGGGAAGGACUGAAUGAAACUGAAGAGAAAGAUCAGUAUGAGAAUAUUCAUGAUUCCAUAACUGGAGAAAAAUCUUUUUGCUCCUUACAGUCUGAAAAGACUUCCACACUAAAAAAAGAUCAAAAGAUGGGAACUAAGAGUUAUUUCACUUGCCUUCAGUGUGGAAAGAGUUUCAGUCAACAAGGAAGGCUUAAAAGCCACAUGAGAACGCACACUGGAGAGAAGCCUUUCACCUGCCAACAGUGUGGAAAGAGUUUCACUCUAAAAAACACCCUUAAUAGGCAUAUGAAAGUUCACACUGGAGAGAAGCCUUUCAUCUGCCAACAGUGUGGAAAGAGUUUCACUCUAAAAAACACCCUUAAUAGGCAUAUGAAAGUUCACACUGGAGAGAAGCCUUUCAUCUGCAAACAGUGUGGAAAGAGUUUCAGUCAACAAGGAAACCUAAAAAGCCACAUGAGAACGCACACUGGAGAGAAGUCUUUCACCUGCCAACAGUGUGGAAAGAGUUUCAGUCAACAAGGAAAGCUUAAAAGCCACAUGAGAACGCACACUGGAGAGAAGCCUUUCACCUGCCAACAGUGUGGAAAGCGUUUCACUCAAAAAAAAACCCUUAAUAGGCACAUGAAAACGCACACUGGAGAGAAACCUUUCACAUGCUGUCAGUGUGGAAGAAGUUUCAGUAAUCAUGUAAACCUUAAAAGCCACAUGAAAGUUCACACUGGAGAGAAGCCUUUCAUCUGCAAACAGUGUGGAAAGAGUUUCAGUCAACAAGGAAACCUAAAAAGCCACAUGAGAACCCACACUGGAGAGACGCCUUUCACCUGCCAACAGUGUGGAAAGCGUUUCACUCAAAAAAAAAACCUUAACAGGCACAUGAUAGUUCACACUAGAGAGAAGUCUUUCACAUGCUGUCAGUGUGGAAGAAGUUUCAGUAAUCCUGGAAGCCUUAAAAACCACAUGAAAGUUCACACUGGAGAGAAGACUUUCACCUGCAAACAGUGUGGAAGAAGUUUCAGUAAUCCUGGAAGACUUAGAGUCCACAUGAGAGUUCACCCUGGAGAGAAACCUUUCAUCUGCAAACAGUGUGGACGAAAUUUCAGCGGAAAAUUAAAACUUAAAUACCACAUGAAAGUUCACACUGGAAAGAAACCCUUCACUUGCCAUCUGUGUGGGAAAAGUUUCAAGCAUAAAGCAAGCCUUUAUGUCCACAGGCAAAUUCACACUUUGGAGAUCCCUUUUACCUGUCAACAGUGUGGAAAGAGUUUCACUCAUAAAAGAAGCCUUAACGGGCACAUGAUAAUUCACACUGAAGAGAAGCCUUUCACAUGCUCUCAGUGUGGAAAGAGUUUCAGUCACUCUGGAUCCUUUAAACGCCACAUGAAAAUUCACACUGGAGAGAAGCCUUACACAUGCUAUUAUUGUGUAAAGAGUUUCAUUGACUCUGCAGCCCUUAAACACCACAUGAAAAUUCACAAUAUAAAGAAGCCUAACGGAUCCCCUCAGUGUGGAAAGAGUUUGAAUAAAAGUGGAGAAAACGGGAGAAUUCACACUACAAAGAGACGUUUUUCCUGCCAACAGUGUGUAAAGAGUUUCGCUCAAAAAAGAAGCCUUAAUAGGCACAUGAGAGUUCACACUGGAAAAAGCCUUACACAUGCAAACAGUGUGGAAAGAGUUUCACUCAACGAGGAAACCUUUGACAGGCACAUGAAAAUUCACAAUGGAGAGAAGCCUAACAGAUCCCCUCAGUGUGAAGAGAGUUUCAAUGAAAAUGUAUAAAACGGAUAGUUCCUUGAUUCUGAUUGGUUGAGCCA